UGUCAGUGGCCAAUCUGACGGGUGGUUCAUGUUUUGCCUUUUGUAUUUUACUUGUUGAUUUUAUUAUUAAAUUCAAUGAAAAUUAAGUGAAAAGUGAUAAUAAAAUUGUAGGGAUAGUUAUGCUAUUGUUUCGUGAGUGCUAGCACAUCGGUGGAAACCUCGCUUCUCAUCUCCGGGUUCGAUUCAUCAGAGUGAGCGGCGCGGAGGAUGGAGGACGAGAUAACGUUCCUCUUCCAGCUGGGAGUGAUGCGCGACGCGGUGUCGGCGCCCGCGCACCGGCUGACGCUCGCGCACCUCAAGGAGUUGGCCGUUAAGUUUGUGCAUGAAAAGAUCCCAGAUAACGGUCUGAACCGGCUGUCGGACCGCAUCCUGCUGUUCCGGCACGACUACUGCUCGCCGAACGUGCUGCAGCUGAUCAACUCGUGCACCGACGUCACCGACGAGACCCUUGUCGAGAUCGUGCUCACUGCUAACCCGGUGCUAUGCGACGGCGGCGCGGAGGCGCCCGCGGCGCGGCCGCACGCGCUGGCGGUGCACUCGUACAAGGCGCCCACCUUUUGCGACUUCUGCGGCGAGAUGCUGUUCGGCCUGGUGCGCCAGGGGCUCAAGUGUGAAGGUUGCGGCUUAAACUACCACAAGCGAUGCGCAGUCAAAGUACCCUCCAACUGCGAGUCGCCGGUGGGGGGCGCGGGGGCGGCGGGCGGCGGGGCGAGCGCGCGCCGCCAGUCGGCCGCGCCGCGCAGCCCGUCGCGGACGUCCGCGCAGAGCCACGCGUCGCACGACGACUCGCUGGCGGGCAGCGCGGGUGCGCAGGCGGGCAGCGUGGGCAGCGCGGGCGCGCAGGCGGGCAGCGCGGGCAGCGCGCGCACGCAGUGGGCGGGGCGCAGCGCGUCGGCCGGCAUCCCGCACACGUUCGCGGUGCACUCGUACACGCGGCCCACCGUGUGCCGGCUCUGCAAGCGGCUGCUGCGCGGCCUGUUCAAGCAGGGCCUGCAGUGCCGCGACUGCCGCUACAACGCGCACCGCAAGUGCGCGCCGCUCGUGCCCAAGGACUGCGGCGGCGAGCUCAGGGACCUCCACGAGUUCCAGGACAGCUGCAGCACGAGCAGCGAGCUGUCGGACGGCACGCGCGCGCUGCACGACGACGAGUCGGACGACGGCGAGCCGGAGGGGGGGCACGAGCCGGUGCAGCUGCGGCGAAGCGAGGCGGAAGCCGAGGAGGAGCCGCAACGGGACACCACGCCCAGUAGACCGAGCAGUUCAUCAUCAUCGCCGAGCGCCAACAUACCGCUGAUGCGCAUCGUGCAGUCGGUGAAGCACACCAAGAAGCGCGAAGGCCAGUGGCUCAAGCAGGGCUGGCUCGUGCACUUCACCAACAAGGACACCACUGUCCGCAGACACUAUUGGCGCAUGGACAGCAAGAGCAUCACGAUGUUCACGUCGGAGCACGGCACCAAGUACUACAAGGAGGUGCCGCUCAACGAGAUUCUCGCCAUCGACACCGCGAGGCAGCCGCACUCGGACGUGAUGCACUGCUUCGAGCUGCGCACGGCCAACGUGGACUACCUGGUGGGCGCGGAGGAGGGCGGGUGCGCGCCGCCCGAGUCGGGGCUGGGCGCCUACCUGGCGCGCUCCUGGGAGACCGCCAUCCGCCACGCGCUGCUGCCGCUGCUGCAGCCGCCGCAGCCGCGCCGCGCGCCCGGCGAGCCCGCGGGGGCGGAGCCCGACGGCGCGGGGCCCGCGGGCGCCGGCGCCGGCGGCCGCGCCGAGAUGGCGCAGCUCUACCAGAUCCACCCCGACGAGGUGCUCGGCUCGGGCCAGUUCGGCAUCGUGUACGCCGGCCUGCACCGCGCCUCCGCGCGCCCCGUCGCCAUCAAGGUGAUAGACAAGCUGCGGUUCCCCACGAAGCAGGAGGCGCAGCUGAAGAACGAGGUGGCGAUCCUGCAGAACCUGUCGCACCCGGGCGUCGUCAACCUGGAGCGCAUGUUCGAGACGCCCGAGCGCAUCUUCGUGGUGAUGGAGCGCCUGCGCGGGGACAUGCUCGAGAUGAUCCUCUCGCACGAGCGCGGCCGCCUGCCCGAGCGCAUCACCAAGUUCGUGGUGGCGCAGAUCCUGGUGGCGCUGAAGCACCUGCACGAGAAGAACAUCGUGCACUGCGACCUGAAGCCGGAGAACGUGCUGCUGUCGUCCGACGAGCAGUUCCCGCAGGUGAAGCUGUGCGACUUCGGCUUCGCGCGCAUCAUCGGCGAGAAGUGCUUCCGCCGCUCCGUCGUCGGCACGCCCGCCUACCUCGCGCCCGAGGUGCUCCGCAACAAGGGCUACAACCGCUCGCUGGACAUGUGGUCGGUGGGCGUGAUCGUGUACGUGUCGCUCUCCGGCACCUUCCCCUUCAACGAGGACGAGGACAUCCACGAGCAGAUACAGAACGCCGCCUUCAUGUACCCGCCCUCGCCCUGGAGCGAGAUCUCCGCGGAGGCGAUCGACCUUAUCAACAACUUGCUGCAAGUGAAGCAGCGCAAGCGGCUGUCGGUGGACAAGUGCGCGGCGCACGCUUGGCUGCAGAGCAAGGAGGCCUUCAGCGACCUGCGCGCGCUCGAGCGCCGCGUCGGCCAGCGCUACCUCACGCACCCCAGCGACGACGCGCGCUACGCCGAGCGCUGACCGGAAAUGGCAAGUUGGGAGGAGCGAGCGCGCCGCACCUGGCGCCGCCUGCGCGUGCGCUGACGCCUGCCGCCCGGCGUGCGUGUGCGUGUUGCGCCGCUGUGUGCUGUGUCUGUGCGUUGGACAACAUUCUGUGUUUACUCGGAACUUGUGUGUCGCAUUGGAAAACGUUGACAGUGCUAAUGUAACUGUGUGGUGAUAAUAAAGUUAAAGUGGAAAUGUUUUCAAGAAAUGAGGGAGCGAAGAGGAUUUUAAAGAAAUUAAGAUAAGUCGCAUCGUUAUGCUGUUGUGAAUUGUCGUUAAAUUGUGUCAAAGAGCGAAAAUCUAUGGUAAUCGAGUACUUACAGAUAAGAUAUAAUUAAUUUAAAUGGCAUCUAAUGAAACAAGGGGCAGGAACAUGUGUAUUUAUUAGUGAGUAACAUUAAUUUUUUAUAAUUUUUGAUCGAUUACAUGUACUUAUAUUCUGCUAUACAAUAUAUUAUACAAAAUAACAAACAUUCCUGUGCAUAUUAAUUAUAAGUGAAACAAGUUGUUUAUGUAAUUGCUGUUCGUUAAUUGUAUUUAAGAUUUUUUUUUAAUAAAAUGUAAAACAUUGAUGUCACAAUCUACAUACAGUUGAUAUAGCUAAUAUAUUAUUUUAUUACAAUUGCUUUGGGUCAACUCGGGGGAAGUGAAAGUAUAUUCUAAUGGCCACUAAACAUUUUGUUCAUAAAAUAUCUUUGUUUAUAGCCCAAUAUGUGAGCACGAAAAUUAGUUGUAAGUAAUAUUAGUACAAAGUAUGAAAUAAUCACUGUUGUAUUAUGGCCUAUGUCUAUAGACUUUGAAAUAUUAUAUCGGAAAUAAUAUUUACUAGAACAGAAUUUAUUCGAGUAUACAUAAUGACAUGAAGGUUGCAUAUAAUAAUAAGAUGGUUUUUUAGUAGUGUUGUUAGAAAAAAGCUUCCUUUUCAAAGAGACCUAGGUUUAAUCCUCGAUAUGGUAUAUCUUAGUGUCUCGAUAAAGCACAGGCUAUUAAAUAUAAAUAAAAUUAUGGGUAAAAAAAAUUAUAUAAAGAAAUUGUGUUUAAUGUGUGGUUAUGCUUCCAAUUAGAUGACGCAAAUUAAAUCUUCUUGACUUUGUAAAAAAAAAAUUACUCAUGAGGCCAUUGUAUUAAUUAGUAGGUACUAUUUUGUGGAUACUUUAAAUUCAAUGAACAUUAUUAUCUUAUUUUAAGAAAUAGAUUUUAUAAAAGAGGACCAUUACCAAUAAAGUUUGAAAUGCUCUAGAUUUGUUUAUUAUAUAUAAAU